AUGUCCCGGAAAAAGACCCCCAAGAGCAAGGGGGGUAGCGCGCCCGCUACCUCCGCACUGCCCGCCACCCACGGGUCCCAGCCCGUGCGCCCCGGGACUGCGCGCCCUGGCCCCGAGGCACCUCCCAACAGGCCCCCGCAGCCUGGCCGGUCUUCGUUUGGCGGCGGCGGCGACUUCUACGACGUCGCCUUCAAGGUCAUGCUGGUGGGAGACUCGGGCGUGGGGAAGACCUGUUUACUCGUGCGCUUUAAGGAUGGCGCUUUCCUGGCAGGGACCUUCAUCUCCACUGUGGGCAUCGACUUCAGGAACAAAGUUCUGGAUGUGGAUGGCAUGAAGGUGAAGCUGCAGAUCUGGGACACGGCUGGCCAGGAAAGGUUCCGCAGUGUCACCCAUGCCUACUACCGAGACGCUCAUGCACUGCUGCUGCUCUAUGACGUCACCAACAAGGCCUCCUUCAACAGCAUCCAGGCCUGGCUGACAGAGAUCCAGGAGUACGCCCAGCAUGACGUGGUACUUAUGCUGCUGGGGAACAAGGUGGACUCUGCCCAGGAGCGUGUGGUGAAAAGGGAGGAUGGGGAGAAGCUGGCCAAGGAGUACGGGCUGCCGUUCAUGGAGACCAGCGCCAAGAUGGGCCUCAAUGUGGACUUGGCUUUCAUGGCCAUAGCAAAGGAGUUGAAGCAGCGCUGCAUGAAAGCUCCCAGUGAGCCUCGCUUUCAGCUGCACGACUAUAUCAAGAGGGAGGGCCGGGGGGCCUCCUGCUGCAAACCCUGAACCUGGCUGGGGAUGGCCACCAGGGUGUUCUCCUGGAAGACUGGAUAGAGUCUACACACCCCUGACUUCACCACCCAGCAGCCAGUCCCAGGGUGUCUGUUUCUAGGAAUCCCAGGCUGAGCCUUGCCCUUCUGUCGUCUGGGCAGCCAUCCAGAGCCUCAGCCCCAACAAACAGGCUUCAGGAAGCCAGAGGGUCCGCAGCCCUCCUUCACCUGCUGCUGAGGGCUGUGCCCCCAAGGCCUUCACAGAAGAGCAACCAACUUCUUCACAGGAGGGCUACCCAACAACGUAUAGACUGGCAGGCACCUGGUCCUCCGGACCACGGUGCCCGUGCCCCGUGUACAGUGCCUGAACACCUAGAAAGUCAUGUCUGCAGCUGCACAUCCUGCCCAGGCAGGAUUCCUGCCCACACCUGGGGCAGAGGGCUUCACCACGAAUCAUAUCAAGGACCAGAGCUGCCUGCUACCAGCCCACCCACCAGGAGGCCCUGGUUCAAACAUCAACAGGGUCUUUCAUAUUACCCUGGAGGAUGCCAAGGCUGUGGCUUUGUAAUGCAGUGAAUAGCAUGUGGGAAGCCACAGAAAUGUCAGGCAAACCAGGACUGCCAGCCCUCGCCUGCUGACCAGGGCACCAUCUCAGCAGGCUGAUACAGGGCCUGGGCUUGGCAAGGUCAAGCCAGGGGGAUGGGCAGGGCACUCCACCUUGUACUAAAAUCUUGAAGUGUUUUGAUUGAGAGUUUUUGUUUCCAGUCCUAGUGAAUAAAGUUGUGU